UUUGUGGUUAUUUCACGUUGCAAUAUUCAAUUUGGAAUUUGACGAAUAAGAACCUACUUUUAAUUGGCUACAACUCUGCUUGUACUAGGUCUACAGGCUUCAUAUAUACACCGUUUUUUCACUUUUUUAUAAGCCAUAUUAUUUUUGGAUAAAAUACUUACCUUUUGAGUUAUUUGUGAAAAACCGUCCACAAAUGUGGUUUUUUGUUGAAAAAUAAACAUAUUCACUCCACUCGCAAAUAACUCGAGAAGUAAUGACUUAGUGAAAAAACUCUAUACAACAAAAGUUGCUUAGAAUUCAUCCCCAGGGCAAAAGCGCACAUCGGCACAAUAUCACUUUUUUUCUUUGACGUGUUAGCUAUGGGUAUGCCAAACAUCAUUUCAAUCCAAGUGGUUGUUUAAAAUUUUGAGGUUUUGCAAUAUUUUACCGUGAGUGAAUGGACUAUAACAGAAGUUUUAUUUCCCACAAUCACUUCUUAAAGCGUCACUUUCAUCAGUGGCGUCACAAAAAGAAAUUCCUGGAAUGAAGAAGAAUAUUUUCGGAAAACCAUAAAUCCCUUUUUUAUGGCAUAAUUUUUUCCUGUGUGUUUUUCCCAAAUAUUGAGUAUCAAAAUGUGGUAUAGGAAACAUGCGUUCUAACUGUUUCUUUAAAUUCGUAGAAAUAUUUAUGAUCAUUAAACAAUGUUUAUACUAAAUGCGGUUUACAACAUAACAUUUACAACAUAAGGCGAUAACAAAAGUAGUUUUGACUGCAAUUAUCGUUAAAGUUUACGAUUUUACUUCUAAAACUAAUUUUCUGAUUAAUCUUAAUUUAUUAUAUACGUUUGUUAUCAGUUUUAAAUUAUAAUGUCACGCCUAUCCUGUUUUCUCGUAAUAAUAACAUCAUCUUCUUAGACAUAGUUUCCUGUAUUAAUAAAUAGAGAUAAAUAGUACAGCAUACAUCUUUUAGGAAAUACAAAGUAUUUGCGUCAACCCAUAGUUAAAUAUACAGGAUUUGUCAAGUUUGUUUAUAUUUUAUAUGGGAACUGUUUUUCUGUUUUUAUGUAUGGUCUGUUUUCUUUCAGUGUUGUCUCUUUUCUGUUGAGAUAUUACCAUUUCAUUUAGGGUACUAUCUAGAAAUAGAUGAACACUCAUCUAUUUUCGUCAUAAAUAAAUGCUUUUGUUCCGGUUGGUGAUUUGUCCAGGGCUAUUUUACCUAAUCUGUUUUCUACCAUUUUGUUAAUGUCUCUAUUUCAGUUUUUUUUCAUCUUGCUUACAGCCUAUAUAGGUAUACUCCAUGGUGUUGUUCUGUUACUCAUUGUUUUUCAUUUUAUUCUUAGGAUUUUCUGCUUCCAGCUUAUCUAUUUUUCAUAGCAUCUAUAUUAUUAGUUUCAGGUCUUGUUUUCGCGUUGUACAGACGUCGUGAAAGGCUGAAUUAUGAGUUUCUAUAUGUGUGUUUUUGUUUCUAUUUUCAGGUGUUGGUUUUUAUAUUUUGUGUAGUUCAAGCAUAGUACUCUCUUAUUUCCGCACUGCUUCCUCAUUAUUGUUACCACUUCAUAACUUAAAUUCACGAUAUUUAAAUUUCAUUACCUGCUCCUCCAUGUGGUUACAUACUAUCUCAAGUUGGCACCUUAUUGGCUCUUCUAAUACUAACAUUUUUGUUGCGAUAUUUUCAUAUUUAAUUCAUCUAAAUUCUCCGCUAUUAUAACUGCGUCGUCUGUAUAACAUUAUAUUUAUUGUAUUCCUUUGUUUUACGUUUAUUAUCUAUGUUAUGUUAUCAAUGGGUUCAGAGCCCAGAGCACGUAAAAUAGAAUUCUAUUUUGUUGACGUCACAAAAUAGAAUUUCAUAAUGGGAGAAUCGACGGUUGCAAGGCAACGUGACGUCACUAAAAUAGAAUUCUAUUUUGCGUGCUCCCACCACUGUUGUUGCUGUGUGGACAUUUAUGAGAAUCUUUUAAAGUAAACUUCAGAAAUGUCAAUGCCUCCUAGUAUUUCAAUUUUUUAAGACGUAAUGAUAUCAUGAUGUCGAAAAAGUUUCGAAACCGGCAAUAAAAAUGAAUAUGUAUUGUCGAAAACAGAUUAAUUUCUUUUUUUAACAUUCAAUAACACACAAGAAUAAAGACAGAAUCACAAAUGAUCAAAUAAGAAAACAAUCAGACCAAGAAUCUAUAAUGAGUCAAAUAACCAGAAAACAAUUGGAAUGGUUUAGAUUAGACACAUACAGAGGAUGGGAGACAAAACAUGGCAAAAAGGAAUAUUAGAAACUGAAAGAGUAAAGAAACGAAAGAAAAGACGGCCAAGAAAGAGUUGCACAAAUGAAAAUAUAAAAUUUUACCACUACACAACAAAAGAUUUGACACCCUAGCAAGUAAAAGGAGUUUAGAAAAGAAGAAGAAACAUUCUUUGUAAUAAAUCUUUUCCAAUUUUUCCAUUCCAAACGAGAGAACCAAAAUAUGUGUUAGAUAUGCAAUUAAUAUCUGCUUAAGGCGUCGAGAGACUGAAAUUGAUCCGUCUUCAGCGAAUAACUUUUCAGAAUUCUCUGAAUUUCUCUUACAAACUUGGUGGUCUAUCUUUCAGAAAGCCUAUGCGACUUUUGCCUUCUCUCUUUUUUGUUCUAGUUUGUCAUUCUGUUGGAUUUAUUUACAAUUCUAGUGGGUUGAGGUUUUGGUUUGUCUUCUUAUCGGUUUAGACAUGCUGUGAGUAAAUCUUCCUUUUUACUGUCUCCUAUUUUUUUUGUUUAGACAGGUUCUAUCAUCCUCCGCAACUCUUUUCGGUUGACUACUUCCGUGAAAUUUGUCGUCUGUUCUACGUUGUUUAUACAGGUCCUUCUCUGGUCUUUUGGUUCAAUCGUCCCAGGUUCGUAGUUUCAUGUUUCGGUAACAAUCAUCAGUUCUAUGAAGUUUUUCAUUACUUUCAUAGGAUCUUCUUGUGCUUUCUUUUCUCGUCAGUUUGCUAUUUUUUAGUUAUCUAAACCUAAACAACUCUCACAUUUGGCCGGCUUUGUCUCGUUCCUGUAGUUGUUAUAGACGGAGAGGCAUCGCUGAAAAAUCUCUUUGAAUUUGCUAAAGCUAGAUUUUUCACAGUUGAUUACUGUGAGUGUGUAGAGAAACAUACUGCGGUCGGUCAAGCGAAACGUAGAACACGGGUUACUGAGAGGGUAUCAAAGUUGCUUUCCUACGAAGGUAAUUAAAUUCAUUUACUAAGGCUGAAAAUAAGUACACACAUUCUAAAUUAAAUAUAAAUAAAAGUUAUUAUAGUCGGUCAGCUGUAUGACGGGACAGAGCCGGUCGGUCGGCCCCAAUAGUCGAUUGAGGAAAUGAAGCAUUUUGGCUCACAAUUUUUUCAUAAUGCUGAACAUUUCAAUCAUAAUGCUGGUGAGCACUACGUUGCACAGUAGGACCAAUAGGCAAAUCAAAAUAAGCGGUACGCUACCUAGUGAGCAUAGGAGUAACUAGAAAUAUUGACAUUGUUAGUCCAUUUUGCUUUGAGUUUGUGUAUUUGUAUACAAAUAUUUACGUAUUAAAAGUAUAAGAAUUAUGAGUCGUUCAAAUCGGUAUUGUUCCGUUCCUCAAUGUUCCUCCUGGGAAAAGAAAAACACUGAUGUUACUUUCCACGCUUUCCCCCAAACCGGGGACAAAUAUCCUGUGCGGAUAGAAGGAAAAUUGGGAAGUAAAGUGUUAAUGAAGAGACAGGAAGCUUGGAAAUUAAAGCUGAAAAUUGGUAAACCCAUAACAAAAAACAUGAAAGUAUGUUCACUGCAUUUUACCGAUGAUGAUUAUUUUUAUAGGGAUUCUAGUUCAAAACAAAGAAGAUUUUUAAAAAAGACGGCCGUGCCAUCCAAAAGGCUUCCUAUUGGAUCAACUGCAAUAAAGGAAGAAGCUGAAUGUUCUAGUAGCAGGACAGAACGAUUAAACCAAAGAAAUUCCAAUAAAGAAAAUCCUGGUGUAGAAUGUGUUUGUGAAGAAAUAAAUCCUGCUGCAGAAACCUCUGAAAAUGAAAUUGAAGCAGCACAUGGCCUAUUACAGCUUCUUCAGAGUCAGCCCAAUUAUAAGGGACCCAAGUCAUUUAAAGAUUUUCAAGUCCAAGUGGAUACACCUAAAGUGUCUACUGUCUGUGAUCUAAUAACAACAGAUAGUGCUCUGAAUAGUUUUACUGGCCUCAAUAGUUUCAAAUUAUUAGAUACAAUAGUGGAAGCAGUAUGUUCAGUUUACAGUGAUCAGAGGUCACAUCGUUUAAGUAUUAAACAACGUAUCUUUUUAGUUUUCACAAAAUUGAAGUGUGAUCUAACUUAUGUAACAAUAUCGCUUUUAUUUGGCAUUUCACAAGAAUUGUGUAACAAAUACUUUAACGAUAUGUUACCCAUUUUAAGUAAAGUCUUGAGUUCAGUAAUAAGGUUUACAGAUACUACUGAAAUACAGAAAAACAUGCCUGAAUGUUUUGAAAGUUUUCAGAAUGUUAGAGUGGUAUUAGAUUGUACAGAAAUUUUCAUACAAAAGCCAAAAUGCCUUUGCUGUCGAAUUAGAUUCUAUUCUCAGUAUAAAUCUAAUAACACUGUUAAAUUUAUGACAGGUAUUUCCCCAGGAGGUUUAAUUACAUAUGUUAGUGAACCAUAUGGUGGAAGAGCCUCUGAUAAAACUAUUUUCGAACAAAGCAACAUAAUUUUAAAGUUGGAUAGUUCAAAAGAUGCUGUUAUGGUCGAUAAAGGCUUUUUAAUAGAUGAUAUUUGUAACCAAUUCAAAAUAGAAUUAAUCAGACCACCAUUUUUAAAAAAUAAAAAACAGUUUAGUACAGAUGAGGCAUUACUAAAUGCUAAAAUAGCAGCUGCUCGAGUACACAUUGAACGUGUUAAACAACGUAUUAAGAUUUUUAAAAUUUUAGGAUGUAAGCUACAGUGGUCUCUAGUAAAAAACAUUAAAGAUAUUUUUACAAUUGCCUGUGCUAUAACAAAUUUGUCAAGUUCAAUAUUAGCAGACCGUAGAUAUUUAACGAAUUAAGUUAUGUUUUUUUUAGAAUAGAAUAGAAUAAUUUUUAUUUGCAUUAAAUUUUUACAUAUUUGAGCAAAUAACGUCAAGUUAUUAGUAUGUAGAUAUUAAAUAACUAUUAUUAUGUUUUUUGUUAAAUAUUUAAGUAGUUAGGUUAGGUAUUUCAGUGUUUAGAUCAAAAACUUAAUUUUUGUUUAAAUAAAAAUAACUUCCUAAAGUUUUACUGUUGAACUAGAGUACUUUCAAGUUUUGUGAUAUUGGUAAAAUCAAAUGAAAAUAUUCUUUUGUGACAUAAUUUUUUUAUAAUCCAUCACUGGACACUGUUCCUUUUAGGGCAAAACCAGACGGACCAUGCUGCAGUGUUAUGCUGUGGAUCCACAAAAGUAGUUUCCGAUGGUUUACUGUGGGUUCUUAUAUGUAGAGUGGAUGUUACACCCCAGACGAGCGACUGUAGCUGGCCACAGUCGCUCGUCUGGGGUGUACUCUCCAAUAUACCUAAGAACCCACGGUAAAUCAUCGGAAACUACUUUUGUGGAUCCACAGCGUAGCACUGCAGCGUGGUUUUUCUGGUUUUGCCCUUAUUUUCAACUUAAUGUGUAGUUCUUUACUGUUAGCUUAGUACAUUAAUCAAAAAUAAAUUAAAAAUCUUUUUUAAUGUACUAACAAUUUAGUGAGAAAUUGUAUUUAGUAAAUAUAACAUUUGUAAUUAAUAGUAAUGAAAAAAAUCAGCAUACACUCCGUACAAUAUACUGUUCACUUCCUCCAUGUCAUAGCAUGUGACGUCACAUAAGACCAACACGAAAUGUUUAAAUAAUAGGUCUGUUUCUAUUUAGAAUUGUUUAGCCGAGUACACUGGAAUUAAAGCCACUAGACAUAUUUUAUUAUAUAUGUGUAGAAAUAAUAUUGGAAGAUUUCUUUUAAUGUAAAUUUAAAGAAACAUACCCUAACUUGUUUCAUUUAAUUUGUAUAAGUGGAAUAUAAAGUGUUUUUAUAAAGCAUACUUGUUAGGAGUAUACUCUAACUGCAAUCGAACAAAGGUAACAUUUUGGCAUAAAUUUUUUUUAUUUAAUUUCAAAUUUACAAUCUGCUCCACACUAACAUUGUAACAUUUAGAGUAAUAAGUAAAUAUAGUUUGUAGUAUGUAUGUACCUGGUACCAUUUAGCAAUUGCUCUCCAUACAGUUACUCAAGUAAGUUUCUUAUGAACAAAUUGUCAUGAUCUGAUGUUUGUUCUUUAUAUUUAUUCAGUCUAGAUGAUAUUUCAUCGGCUUACUGCCAAAACCAACCAACUCCAUUUUUAAAAGUUUUGAGAAACCUACCUUUAAACUUUAAUUUGAAAUGAAAAAUCAUCUGAAUUUAAAUAAUGAUUUAAUAAUUGAAAGGUACGACAAAAAUAUUUUUCAGUUAUUAAAUAAUUUUUUUAAAUUCAGUCGAUUUUCAAUUUCAAAUUAAAGUUUAAAAGGUAGAUUUCCCAAAACUUUUAAAAUGGAGUUGGUUGGUUUUGGCAGUAAGCCGACGAUUUCAUCUUUUAUUAAUGGGGUUUUUAGAUCGCUAUGUAUGAUUAGAAUUGUUACAUACUAAGGUGCUCCAGAUAUCAUACGAAGUGUCUUUUACUGAAAUGACUAAUAUUUUGAUAUUUGAUGGCUUUGUACAUCCCCAGAGCUCAAUCCCAUAUGUCCAAAUUGGCUUUUGUAUAUAUUUGUAGAUGGUCAGUUUGUUUUCAAGUGAUAGUUUGGACUUUCUAUUGAGUAUCCAGUAUAUAUUUUUACUUUUCAGAUUAAGUUGGCUUCUUUUUGCUUUUUUGUGUCUUACAUGUCAGUUUCUCAUCCAAAUCUAGAAAGGAUAUCCAGGUGAUAUUGCAGCUUCUCAGAUGUUCUCAGCGGGUCCAUGUCCGAGGUUAUUAUUGCUGUAUCAUCUGCAAAUGUAGCUGUUGCAAUAUUGUCGGUUUGUGGGAGGUCUGCAGUAAAAAUUAGAUAGUGAUUUUUUAAUCCGUUGGCAUUCCAUACAGCAAUUCUUAAUGAGGAUGCCAUUAUUUAGCCAACUUAUUUAUUACUGUUGUAAGCAUGGUUAGAAUCAUGAUAUUCUGAUUUAGUUCUUAAAUUCAGAAAUCUUUGGAAAAAUUUAGUUCUUAAAUCCUAGAAAAAUUGUUGCUUCUCUGAAAGUUACUCAAUACCAUUUGUCUUUCGUCUGGUUGUUUAGGGCUUACGCCUAAGAAAAAGGAUUAUGUUGUAAAUUUUAUUGUUGGUCUGGAACCUAGACUUGCUAGGUGUUGAUUAGCUAUUCAGGAGCAGCUGGAUUUUGAUUAGCUAUUUAAUUUCCAUUAUUUUUGCAUUUUAUUUUAAUUAAAUCACCAUAGACAGUACUUCCUUUAUAAUUUACCAGGUGUUCACCAUUGCAUAAUGCGCAUCUUGCAGGAGUGUUUUUGGUGUAAGGCUAUAGGUCAAUGAAGUUUUAUGAAACUGGUUCCUUACUAUGUGAUGUGCAUAGUAUUUGUAACAUUUUUUAUUUUAUGGUCUUGUUUUUCAAGUUCAGCUUUUAUUUCAGAUGUAGGUAUUGAAUGGUGUAAACCUCUUAUAACCACCUAGUACGUUCUUUCUCCCUUCAACUGGUAUGUGUGGUGGAUUUGGCAUAAAUUGGUAACAUUCUUUAUUAGACAGUUGCGGUAUUGACACUUCAGAUUUGUUUUUAUUCUUUUAAGUAUUUGUUUUAUUACAUUUAUUAUAAAUUAUGUGAUAUAUUUGAUUUUAAAUGAAUUCAAGAAUUUUUUGUAAUUGGGCAACAAUGUCAACUUAGAUCUCUGACGUAGAUAAUAACACAUAACGAUAUCAAUAUUGUACGAACUGUAUAUUAGUAUCAGUAUUAUUUUAAGUCAUUCUUCAUUUUAUUUUCUUGUUUCUCCUUGAUGUUAUACUGAUGAAAGCAAAUGAAGUACAUCCUGAUAAAUGAGUUUCAUUGCCUUUCAUUAUUUAUUUGUCAAGUUGUAAAUAAAUGGGAUAAGUAGGUAGCGUUUUAGUUUUAAGUAGGGAAUGAUGGUAAACAUUUGCCUUUGAAUAUUAUCAUUUUUAUACAAAUAUAUUUGAAUUAUUCAAUAAGAGCUUGUAUAAAUCCAGUUUGAUUAUUAAUUAACAAACAAUUGUGGAUAUGUGACUUUAUUGUUUUCCUAAAAAUAAAAUAUUUGAUA